ACUUCAGGCGCGAGCACCCUUGUCAGUCCAGCCCUCCUUGCACCCCAACCGCACCGCCGACAUCCGCUUGUGCCCCAUCUGCCCUCCCGUUCCUCUAGAGCCGCAACCGCAACGACAACCGCAGCCAUGGCGACGUUUAUGUCCUUGGAGCAGAUGAUAGACCAGGCCUGCGAUGAGAUCAACCACCAGCCGAAUCUGUCCCUGAACCUGGAAAUCGUCGACGUGAUCAACCGCAAGAAAUCUGCCUCCCGAGAGGCCGCGUCCGCCAUCGUGCGUAAUGUCAAUGGUCGAUCCAGCCAUACGGCUCUUCUUGCUCUGACGCUUCUCGACAACUGCGUCAAAAACUGUGGAUACCCGUUCCAUUUGAUCAUCUCGACGAAGGAGUUUCUCAACGAGCUGGUCCGGCGAUUUCCCGAGCGACCUGUGAACGUCACCCAGGUCCAAUAUCGCAUCCUGGAGCUCAUCCAACAAUGGAAUGCAACUCUCUGCGUCACUUCUCGCUACAAGGACGACUUUGUCCACAUCAACGAUAUGUACCGGCUUCUGUCCUUCAAAGGCUACCGCUUCCCAGCUGUUGCUCCAGAUGCCGCUGUGCUGAAUCCCCCAGAGGUUUUCAAAACAGAGAGGGAACUUGAGGAAGAAGACCGAAUCGCCCAGGGUGCGAAACUCGAGGAGCUUCUUCGCGUUGGUACACCAGCCGCUCUCGAACAGGCCAACGACUUGAUGAAGGUUAUGGCUGGCUACGAUUUGGAGAAGCGCCCGGACUACAAGAAGGAGGUUAACGAGGAGCUCGAUCGUAUCGAGCAACGCGUGCAUCUCUUGAACGACAUGCUCAAUGGCAAGACGUCCGAGGAGCGCUUCAAGCACGAUUCGACAAUCGAGGAACUCUUUGGAUCAUCAAAGUCGGCACAAACUCGAAUCCAGAGCCUUGUUUCGAGCGGCGAAGAGGAGGACAGGAUGGAACGACUCUUGGAGCUGAAUGACUUGAUCAACACCGUCAUUGCCAAGUACGAAGACUUCAAGAGCGGCAAGUCGGUUGCUAAAACCAACCCAGCAAGUCCCACGCCCUCGACUGGCGCUGCUUCUGCGAAGAGGCCUGUUGUGUCUCCUCAGACUGGUCCCAUCAACUUGAUCGAUCUCGAUGCGUCCGAGCUGCCGGCUGUCGUCAACUUUGGUCUUUCGACUGGUACAGCGGCGGCUUCCAAGCCCCCGGGAAACAACCUGCUCGACGAUCUCUCCAACUUGAACUUUGCGGCUCCAUCUGCCCAUUCCAGUGCCGCAGUGAAUCCGUUUGCUUCGUCUACAGGCGCAUCGUUUAUCGGGCUUGCGCCGCUCGCCCAACCAUCGACUCUUCCUGCGUUGAGCCAGCCGUCGGUACAUGGUUUUGGUCAGGGAGCAACUCUGGCAGGCAACACCCUGGGCGCAGCUGCAGGCUUCCCAGGGACGGCUGGUUUGUCCAGCAGUGGCUCGGGGACGUUUCAGCCAGCCCAAGCGAUCCCAGGCUUCGCUCAAUUUGGGGUUCCAGGCACACCUGGCAAGACCUCGCCUGUCCAGAACGCGGUCUCGCCCGUCAGCCCGACUCAGGCUCAGAAGCGAGAAGUCGUCAUCUUCAACAAGAACGGCAUCCAGGUUCAUAUGAAGUUGCUCUGGAAAGACAACGGAUGGCUGUCGCAGCUGGUGUUCAUCAACACCACGCCCGUUCCCAUGGCCGAUCUCAACUUCCAACUGGCACUGCCCAAGGCAAUGGUUCUCCAAAUGGAUCCGCUGUCGGGGCAAGUGAUCGCGCCACUGAACAUGGCGCAGGUCACGCAGAAUCUGAAGAUCUCCAACCCAACCAAGGAGCCUCUUCGGGUCAGAUUCAAGCUGAGCUAUUCGCUCAACGGUGCUGUUGUCAGCGAACAGGGGGAGUAUGGCGAUGCCGCCUUUACCAUGUGAACCGAUUCGCCAGGCGCCAAACUAUUUCGGUAUCUCGCCGUCGCCGACAUCCGCGUGAACCAAGCCGCGCUCCGUCCUCAUCCCGCUCUGCUCUGGCCGUCAUAAUAGGCCCUCCUCGUUUGUCUGGAUGACAGGCCCCAGCUCUCAGUAUGGCAACACCGCACCGACACAAUAAAGCCCGCCGUUUGCAACUGCACCCUGUGGCCGGCGGUCCUGCCACU